AUCAAUUUCUUGUGACCAAUGAAGACAACAAAGAAAUAAUUAAGGAAAUGAUUGGCGUGUUGAUAUAUAUAAUGAAUGCAUUGUAAAGCACGCAGUGCCAAAGGAUUAUUCACACGAAAAUGAAGGGAUACCUAAUCGUCCUCUCCGUCGUUUAUUCGGUUCAAGCAUGGCAGGAAAUAAUUGGCCCGAUCCAUGUAACUACAGCGACGGGUACGGUACCGCUCAAGUACCACCCGCUGACUGCCGACGACAAGCACGCGACCCGCAAGGCUGGCACCUUGGUAUCCUUCUUGAAGAAUGUACCUCAACUGAACCCAUUCGCCAUUCCUAGUUUGGGACCUUACUCCGUGAAUCUCCCUGAGGUCAGAUUCCAUGGCAAUCUUCAUCUGAGUAACGUAGUAGUGAAUGGAAUUAGAAGCUUAUCACUGGUUGGUCUAGAAGUACGCAUGGAUCCUUCUAGGAUUGACUUUAAUGCUUCUCUACCUGAAGUUUCUGCUGAAAUUAACUUUGCAGUCAACGGAGAAUUGGACGGCAAACCUUUGAAUGUCAAUGGUCACGCGAGUGCAAAUGCUAAACAUAUAAUCGCCGAGGUGGCGGUCGGACCAGUAAUAGCGCAGCACGGCAACAACCAGGUGUACGAAGUAAAAGACGCCGAUGUAGUAAUCAAUGUGUCCCAAGUUGAACUCGCGAUGCAAAUGGAUCAGCACGCUGAAGAGUUUAGAGGCAUUGUAGUGGAGUUCCUGAAUAAUACAAACAAAUACUCCUUGGUCGUGGACGAUAUACUCCGCGCAGUUCUGAAGGCCAUUAGCCAUGAGCUCAAGCAGAUCACCGCCAAGGAGAUACUACAGUACCUGCUGGGUUCCGCCAAACCAUCCUCGCUUUUGUAAAUCACUAUACAUAGCCUACAAUGAUUUAUUUAUAAUUAAACUUCUAACUUUUGAAGUA